UGCUGUCGAUGACUGAAGGACCGACUCUCAUUAAAUGAUCUUAUAUCAAAUUGGCUUUAAAAGAAGGAAAGACUCUCAUCCAGGACAGGAGAAGGUACAGAUACAGUUUAUAAACAGCAGACGCUUUGAUCUGCAAACUGACCUAAAUUCACAUCUUCUAAAACUGAAGGAUGGAGAGGACAUUUAUUUUUCCCAUGAUUUGUCUCGCUUCACUGCUGUGCUGCACAACCAACCAAGUCCUCCUCACUGUGAGACCCAGUAGAUCUCAACAUUUCGAGCAAGAUUCACUCACUCUGAGCUGCAAGAAUGAUGACGAUGCUGCAAAAUGGCUUGUGUGGAGAAACACAACUGAAGGGGAAGUUUCCCAAUGUGGAAACAAAUGGGGCGGAGUAAAGGGCGCCACCUGUAUGAACACUCUGGCACUAUCAUACGACAGUGGCGUUUACUGGUGUGAGUCCAAGGAGGGGGUACAAAGCAGCAGAAUCCAGAUCACUGUCACCAGUGAAUCAGUCAUCCUGGAUAGUCCUGUUACCCCGGUGAUGGAGGGAGAUAACAUCACUCUGAGUUGUCUAACCAAGUCCUCUACUGUUCACCAUUCUGCUACUUUCUAUAAAGAUGGCUCCCUCAUUAAAACUGAGCCAAAAGGUCAGAUGACCUUCCACCAUGUUUCCAGGUCUGAUGGAGGCCUCUAUUACUGUAAGAACAGUCAUGGAGAAUCUCCAGCCAGCUGGCUCUGCAUCAAAGAAAGACCUACAUCCACCCCCCUGUAUAACCCUACAACUUCUCUAAUCCCUGUGACUCCACAUGUCCCAUCAUCACUUCAAAUCAGACUGCUUUGUCACCUGGUAGUUUUCUGUCCAUUUGUCAUCUCCACGCUACUCUUUGUGUCUUUAUAUCAACUUAAAAACAGGUAAAACUCUGAAUCAUCUGAAAAAAAAAAACAUUGUAUCAAUCAAGCAGUCUCUAAAUAUAUAUUUUUAUCAUAUUUUACAGGAAAUGACUUGCCCACGGAUAUGAAAAUAAGUCUGCCCACUAAGGCCCUAUAAAGAUCGGAUGAUUACUAUAAGAGACUAUGAGAUUUAUUAAUUGCUAUUAUAAGCAUAUAAUAGCCAAUAAUUACACUUUAAAUCAUUGUAGUGCCACCAAACACGUAGCACACAUAGAUAACCUCAUCUAGUUCAUAUUACAACUCUUCCUUUCAGAAGAGUGCUAAACUCUAUUUUUUUCCAUUGUUAUUAUAAGCAGGCCAGGUGUGCAAUCUCUGCAACAAGAACCACAGCACUGAGCAUUGUGUGCACUGCACAAAGUAUACCUGUCACAAAUGCAGGAAGAACUCACCUUGGUUUUGUAAAAACUGCUAAAUGGGACAAUUGCAGCUUCAUAUAUAGUGCUUUUCCUUGGGUGAAAAUUUUUUUACUGCUAUACUGAAAUCAUACUGUUUGCCAUUCUGUAAGCUGAAAUGUUGAAUGACAUGAAAAGGCGAGAACAGACAAAAUACAAUUAUUCUCUGAGUUGUUCUUUCUUUCACAUAGUGAGCUUUGUAAUAUAAAGGUGACGGUGACUUAUAACGUUGUUUAUUAAAGACUGAGUUAGGGGAAGCAUGCAGAUAUUGUAAAAAGGGGCCUAAGUUGCACCCUUGAGGAACACCACAUCAGAUUUUUUGUGGUCUAUAAUGGAAACACAACAAAGUCCCUUUCCAACUGGGAUUUGAACCAGUCCAAUGCUGUACUAUAAAGAUAAACCCAGUUUUCUAAGUGCUCUAAUAAAUUGGUAAUUAACAGUGUUAAAUGCUGCACUA